AUGUCUUCCAAGAACAUUUUGAUCGUUGGCACAGGCGCCAUCGGAGCAUUUUAUGCUUCUCGGCUAUCAACAGUGUCAGGCACGAAGGUGUCUGCAAUCUGUCGCUCGAACUUCUCGGCGAUCCAGAAGAAUGGUAUCAGAGUCACCAGUCCGAUAUUCGGCGAUACAACUUUCAGACCUACAUAUGUUUUCGCAAGCCCAGACGAAGCCAGAGAAGUGAAGAGGAAGGAGAGCUUGCUUUGGGACUACUUGAUCGUGACGACGAAGGUAUUAGGCGAUCCGAGCUCUCUGGCUGAAGGUUUGGUCGACGAUGAGUCAAGUCUCGUGGUGUUCCAGAAUGGUUUGGGCAUCGAGGACCCUUACAAGAAGAGAUUUCCAGCGAACACCAUUCUGAGCGCAGUGACGAGGACAUCUGUGUCGCAACCCACACAAGGACAUGUAGAGCACGCGCAUUGGACUCGCACUACGAUAGGACCGUAUGCGCCAGACUCUUCUGAUCAAGAGCUGAGUCAGAAACGAGUCGAAGAGUUCGCCUCUCUCUUGCGUGAUGCCGGGAUUCCAGAUGUCGACGUGCUCUCGCACACAGGAAUGCAAUUUGCGCGGUGGCAUAAGACAGCGAUCAACGCGAGCAUCAACCCAACGUCAGUGCUCGCUGGAGGAUGCACGACCCAAGCGACCGGCGUGGACCCAGAGUUGUACGCUCAUGUAGAAGGUGUGAUGCGGGAGAUCCUCGAACUUGCCGUGAAGGUAUUGGGCGCUCCUCUCCCGGAAUCGUUGCCUACGAUCGAAGCAGUACUGCAGGGCGUGCAAGAAGACCACAGUGGGAGCAGGCCGAGUAUGUGGCAUGAUUGGGCAGCAGGUCGCAAAGUCGAAUUAGAAGCUAUCUUGGGAAACGUGCUCAGGCGGGCUCGCGAUGCGGGUGUCGAGGUCCCACGUACGCAAACGCUUUAUGCUUUGCUCAGGAUGGCACAGCAAAUGCGCGACACAAGCUCGUCCGCGUUGUGAUAAGCUGAGUUGCGCAACAGUCGGGUCGGCAUGUCGGGCCAUGUGUGGCGCGAGGAUAGAUGCCUCAGCAGAUUCGGUUUCGUUGCCUGGAGCGCUUUGCAAAAUUCUCGGAAGCCAAGCG